GACUAGUGGGGGGGUGGGAAAGAGAAGAGGGGGAAGGCAUCUAUCCGAACCUGAGAGGGAUCGGGAAAGCGGACACCACCGCGACGUGGGAUAGAUUAAGGACAUUAUCAUGGUGAUGACAGAAGAGGACAGCACAAUAAGGGUAGUGGUUCGAGUAAGACCCCCUACUCCAAAGGAAUUGGAGAGCCAUCGAAGGCCGGUGGUUCAUGUGGUAGAUGGGAGAAUGCUAGUUUUUGACCCUGAGGAACCAGAUGGAGGUUUCCCUGGCCUGAAGUGGGGAGGCAAUGUCCAUGAUGGUCCCAAGAAAAAGGGCAAAGAUUUGAAGUUUGUCUUUGAUCGGGUUUUUGCUGAGACAGCCACUCAACAAGAAGUGUUCCAGCACACCACCCACAGCAUCCUAGAUGGUGUCCUCCAGGGGUACAACUGCUCAGUUUUUGCCUAUGGGGCCACAGGAGCAGGAAAGACACACACUAUGCUGGGAGGAGAGGGGGACCCUGGCAUCAUGUACCUGACCAUGAUGGAGCUUUAUCAGCGUCUAGAGGCCCGCCGGCAGGAGAAACGCUAUGAGGUUCUCAUCAGUUACCAGGAGGUGUACAAUGAACAAAUAUAUGACCUCUUAGAUCCUAAAGGUCCCCUAGCUAUCAGAGAAGACCCAGACAAGGGUGUUGUGGUUCCAGGACUCUCCUUCCAUCAGCCAACCUCAGCUGAACAGCUUCUGGAAAUGUUGAGCAGAGGGAACCGGAAUCGUACGCAACACCCCACUGAUGCUAAUGCCACAUCCUCUCGUUCACAUGCAGUCUUUCAGAUCUAUGUGAAGCAGCAGGAUUGUGUUCCAGGACUGACCCAGACCUUGCAGGUUGCCAAGAUGAGCCUGAUUGAUCUGGCAGGCUCAGAAAGGGCAUCAAACACUCAUGCCAGUGGGGAGCGGCUUCGGGAGGGUGCCAAUAUCAAUCGCUCGCUCCUGGCUCUCAUCAACGUCCUCAAUGCUUUGGCAGAUGCAAAGGGCCGAAAGUCCCAUGUGCCAUACCGCGACAGCAAGCUGACCCGUUUGCUAAAGGACUCAAUAGGAGGGAACUGCCGGACAGUGAUGAUCGCGGCUGUCAGUCCCUCAGCCCUGGCCUAUGAGGAUACCUACAACACGCUCAAGUAUGCUGACCGUGCCAAGGAGAUCAAGCUCUCGCUCAAGAGCAACGUGAUUAGCUUGAACUGUCACAUCAGCCAGUAUGCUACCAUCUGCCAGCAGCUUCAGGCUGAGGUGGCUGUCCUUCGAGAAAAACUUCAAGUGUAUGAAGCAGGAGCAAGGAGCACCCCACAAGAGCUCCCGGAGCUGCCCAAGCCAUCUCUUUGCACUAGUCCUCUGCAGCCAGGCCCCAGACUUCCUGACUCAUCUUCAUUGAGCCAACAUUCUAGUCAAUCCUCCUCUCUAGAACUCUAUUCAAACCCUGGAACUCCCCAAGAAGAGAAUAUGGAGACCCAAAUGGAGGAUAAAAAGGUGCUGCAGCCUCCUAUCUUGGCCCUAGAAUCCAAGCCAGGAUUGGGCAGCUUCACAUCACCAGAGUUGGACAAAGACAAGAACAAGAGGCUAGCCCUGAUGGUGCUGCACGUGGCCCAGCGUCAAUAUUCUCUUCUCAAAGAAGCCAAUCUCCUGACACCAGACAUGGUUUUGGAGUUUGAAGCAGUGCAGCGGCUGGUUCAAGAUGAGAAGAUGGUGCCGUGGGGGGGUGAAGCUGAUAUUCCAGGCCCAGUUGGAGUGGUAUCUUUGACCCAGGAACAAUCCCCAGAAUUAACACCUCCAACAUAUUCUGGGCCAACAACACGGACCAUGGCAAGACGUCAGAGUGGGCUUUUACCCAUUCUGGGGCUCCCACCUUUUUCAACUCUCUCACCCCAAAGCUCUCAGGCUCCAAGAAAGAAGAGAAGGAGAUCAGAUGAGCCAAACUCACCUGAGCUAAACAGCCAUUCUUCCUCUAAACUGGAGGCCAAACGUCAAAAGAAGUCUUUGCCCCAUGCAGGGAAAGGUUCUCUGCUUCAGGCAGGGCCUUCCUCAGGACUCAGCACCCCUAAGAUGGAGAUUGCCUCCACUACCUCCUUUCCCCACCUUUGCUCAGCCACUGUUGUCAAAAGCCGGGUGCCCUUGGGCCCAUCCUCUAUGCAGAACUGCUCUACUCCUCUUAGUCUACCUACCCGAGACCUCAAUGCCACUUUUGACCUGUCUGAAGGGACCCUCUUGAAGCCUAGUGCCUCUGAGUUCCUCAGCUGGGAGAAUGUCCCUGCUGCCUUGAACAAGAUGGAUAAACCCUUCAUUCCCAGGGGGCCCAUGCCACUAUUCACCAUGAAGGGCCCCAAGCCAGCAUCUUCCCUUCAUGGUGGCUCUGCCCGCAAGAGGAGACGCCCUUUGAGGUCUUCAGCAUCCUGUGCACUGGCUGCACCCCAGAGCCGGAGUCGAAUUGCCAGGCUCCACAGUAGCACUCUGAAAAAGCCAGGAGAGUCCUCCUCCAGCCCUCGAUGGAUAGGCAGCCAGAAGAACAGGAAGGACACAGCACUUGGGUUUGGAGGAGCCUCACAGACUGGUAUCCGGUCCAGCAUAGGCAAAUCCAUCAUCAAGGGGUCCUGAGAAUGGGAUAUGUCUUCUGUGCUUAUCACUUUGGCUCUUUCUCCCUGUGCUUGUCCUUGAAUUCUGUACUUGAUCAACUGACAAUACAGCUCCUUAUCUCGCACACCUUAAUUAAUUGGCCCUGAUUCCUUGAAACUGUCUUCUCUUCCCCUCCCAUGCUCUUAUUGUCAUCAGUUUGUACUUAAUAUUCACACACAUAUAUUAAAGUAUUCUUCAUUGUUA